AUGGAGUUAGCUGUUUCUAAGAAUAGUAUCAGAUCAUUUUGCUUUCUCUAGAUUGUAAAUUUAUCAUCAUGUAGUAGUAAAAAUGAUAUUCUUUUAUGGAAUGUGAAAACAGGAAAAAUAAAGCUUAUAAAAAAGUAAUACCAUGAUAUCACAUCAGUUAAUUUCACCCCAUUUGGUACUUUAGCAUCCUCCAUCGAGUGUUUUGUGUAUUUAUGGAAUGGUAAAACAGGAAAAUAAUUGAAAAUAUUUGUAGGCCAUUAAAAUUCAGUCUGUUUUUCACCUGAUGGUAUUAAACAUUAAUGUCUUAGAGUAUCCGUUUAUGGCAUAUUAAGACAGGAAUAUAAAAAUGUGAAUUUCAGAGUUAAAAUCGACCAGUCUAGUUCUCUCCGAAUGGAAUUGUAUUAGUAAGAAAUGAAUUUCAAACACUAUCAUGUUAUGGGAUGUUAGGACAGGAUAAUAAUUGAUCAAAAUGAUAGUGAUACGACAUAAUGUUUUUCUCCUGAUUGUUCUAUAUUAGCAACUAGUAAGAUGAUGGAAAACUAUACGCUUAUGGGAUGUUAAGAAAGUUUCAUAAAAGCCAAAUUAGAUGUUCAUACUCAUGUGAUUAUCCGAUCAGUUUCUCUCCUGAUGGUACUACAUUAGUAUCAUGGAGUAAGGGUAACUCGAUCUGAUUUAGGAUGUUAAGAUAGAUAAUAAAAUUUCAAAUUUGAUGGCUCUAAAAUUCAAAGUUAAAACAUAGGUUUCUCUCCUAAUGGAAUGACCUUAGCUUUUAGUAGUUUCUAUAAAUCUAUCUGUUUAUGGGAUUUUAAGACAGCAUUGAAAAAAAUAAAGUUAGUCUUUUUCUCUCCUGAUGGUAAGACAUUAGCAUCAGUAAAGAUAACUCCAUCUAUUUAUGGGAUUAAAGGUAUAACUAUAAAAAGCCAAAUUAGAUGGUCAUUCAAAUUCAGUUCACUCAGUCUGUUUCUCUUUUAAUGGUACUAAAUCAGUAUUAGGUAGCGGGGGAUCCUACUAUUCGUUAAUGGCUUGUCAAGACAGCUUGAUAAAAACAAAAUUAGAUAAUUACAAAUAAAACCGCAUGGUCAGCCUGUUUCUCCCCUGAUAGUACUAAAUUAGCAUCUGGCAGUGAUGAUAACUCUAUCCGUUUAUGGAAUGUUAAUAUAAAAGUCAAAAAUUAGAUAGUCGUACUAAUUCAAUCUGGUCCGUAAGCUUCUCUCCAGAUGGUACUACAUUAGAUUCUGGUAAUAAAAAUAAGUCUAUUAAAUUAGCCUAACAUUUUUUAUCUCUAGAAGUUUUAUUUCCUCCAAAAUUUGA